AUGGAUGGAUGUCAGAAGGAGGGAGGUAGUCGUGGAGGUACCAAUGGUGGUCUGAUGAUCCUGAUGGAUGGAUGUGCGAAGGAGUUAGGUAGUCGUGGAGGUACCAAUAGUGGUCUGAUGAUCCUGAUGGAUGGCUGUCAGAAGGAGGGAGGUAGUCGUGGAGGUACCAAUUGUGGUCUGAUGAUCCUGAUGGAUGGAUGUGAGAAGGAGGGAGGUAGUCGUGGAGGUACCAGUUGUGGUCUGAUGAUCCUAAUGGAUGGAUGUGAGACGGAGGGAGGUAGUGGUGGGGGUACCAAUGGUGGUCUGAUGAUCCUGAUGGAUGGAUCUGAGAAGGGGGAGGUAGUGGUGGGGGUACCAAUGGUGGUCUGA